UAUUUAGGACUUUAAAAUCCAUCGAUUAUCACCACUUUAACGAAAUAAAUUGUUGUGAGUAAUAUAAUCCUCUCGAAUAACCAGAAUAUCUGUUGCGUGUAAUAAAUAAUGGGCAACAAGGGUGUUAUUCCGUUCAUCAAGGACUUCUAUUACGAUCCCUUCAAAUGGUCAGUGGUGAAGAGCAUCGGAUUUUUCGCAGUCGGCGUGGUCGUCGCGAGCGAGUGCACGGGCCUAGAACUCAUGCCCGCGGUCCCGAAUUAAAAAAAAACAAACCAUAGACUUUUAUGCUAAGUUUAAGAAAAACACCAAAAUGUUAAUUUUGAAUUCUCUUUUGUUUUUUCUCGCCGGCGGGAUUUUGUGUGAUAAACCAAACUUUGUGAUAAUAUUGACGGAUGAUCAGGAUGUCACGAUGGGUGGUAUGACUCCGAUGAAACAUGUCCGGCGGCUUAUUGGUGAGGAAGGCAUGACGUUUGCUAACACGUUCGUGUCAUCCCCAAUCUGCUGCCCGAGCCGUGCGAGUAUCCUCACCGGCCUUCACGUUCACAACCACGGGACGAGGAACAACACACUCGAGGGCGGAUGCUACGGACCUCAGUGGCAGAAACUUGAGAAGAACACAUUCGCCACGGCUCUGCAAGGCGCUGGGUAUAGGACUUUCUACGCUGGAAAGUAUCUCAAUGAGUAUGGUAGAACAGACAGAGGAACAACGGUGCCGCCCGGCUGGACGGAGUGGCACGGGCUAGUGGGCAACUCCCGCUAUUAUGACUAUACGCUGUCUAACAAUGGCGUGCCAACUCACUCUGAAGACCUUUAUCUCACGGAUAUUAUCAGAGACAUAAGCGUCAACUUCUUAGAAAACCAGACGGAGCCGUUUCUGAUGGUCCUAGCGCCGCCGGCCCCGCACCAACCGUUCACGCCCGCACCGCGACACCGGGACGCCUUCAGGGACGUCGCAGCGCCGAGGACGCCGAUCUUCAAUGUAGCGGCAAAGGACAAACAUUGGUUAAUGAUGAUGCCGCCCUCCCCUCUACCCGAGUCAUUGCUCCCCGAGUUAGACCGAGCAUACCGGUCCCGCUGGGAGGCGCUUCUAGCUGUGGAUGAAAUGGUGGCUGACGUCAUGGCUAUGUUGAAGAAGGGUGAAAAGGACAACACUUAUGUCAUAUAUACAUCUGACAACGGGUAUCAUGUUGGACAAUUCUCCCAAGUAUACGAUAAACGGCAGCCCUACGAGUCCGACAUCAGGGUGCCUCUCCUAAUAAAAGGGCCCGCCAUCAAGCCAAACGUGACCAGCCUCCAACCAGUGAUGAACAUUGACUUGGCGCCAACCAUCUUGAAACUGGCCGGUUUGGAGGUUCCUGAGUCUAUGGAUGGAAGGGCCAUCGAUGUUUUAGACGAAAACCCAGUUAAGGAAAGGACCAUGUUGGUGGAAUAUUUCGGACAAGGCCAAGACUGGAGAGUGGACUCGACGUGCCCGUGGAAAUAUGACGGCGAAUAUUUAGAUGAAUGCCUUCCACUGUACGACUGCAAAUGCCAGGACUCUAGAAACAAUACCUACGCGUGUUUAAGGCGCAUCGGGAAAGAGGUCAACGAUAAAUAUUGCGAGUUCAAAGACACAAAGGAUUUCAUCGAGAUCUACGACUUGAACGCCGAUCCAUACGAGCUCUGCAACCUGAAGAAGGAAACUAUGGGCGCCUUCCUAGCGUGGUACCAUCACGUACUGAACGCUAUGGUGUCAUGCAAGGGUUCCGACUGUGACCCGACAUGUGUAGAUAAAUGAAAAUAUGUAGUCCGACCGAAGUUAUAGGUAUGGGCACUAGAAUUGUAGUCGGGUGCAAAACAACUAUAUUAUAUGAUGACGGAGUUUUUGAAAUUAGUAUUCUUUUCAUUAUUCUUAUCGAUAGCAAGCUGAACUGCCAACUGCAAAAGUUUCUUCAAGGUUUUUUUAUUUUUUACAAGCUUUUAUUUACUUUCACCUGACCGUUGUCUGUCUGUCUGUAAUCAAAUCUUGCAAGUUAAAUUUGAUCCACUUCCCGGUGUCCGAUUGAGCUGAAAUUUUGCAUGCGUGGAUAAAUUGGAUGACAAUGCAAUAUUACGGUACCAUCGAGCUGAUCUGAUGAUGGAGACAGGAGGUGGCCAAAGGAACUCUGUGAUGAAACAACGCAACCUAAUUGUGUUUGGGGUUUUUAGAAUUGUCUCGAUGAGUAUUAGUUGUCUGUCGUAAGAAAAGUAUACAGUCAGCGAUAAAAGCUUGUACCAAAAAUGAAAUUUUUGCCAAAAACUUAUUUUAGCUUAAUAUCAUGCGCUUAACCUUUUGGACGCCAAUGACCGAUAUAUCCGCACCGCAGGUUCAACGCCAAAGACUGAUUAAUCGGUCACAGACCACAAACCAACAUAGACCUACGUGCAUAUGCAUAAAGUUCAAUUUCAGCUUCAGUUUGGACACUUCGGUGACGUGGCGUCCGCGUGACAGCUUUUGUUUGACACGGCGUCGAAAAGGUUAAGUCACAUUCACUCAUUCAUUUUAAUAUGCAUUGUACUGUUUUUGCGAUUAGUGCCUACAAUGUGUAGCUGUGUGUGUAAUCAAUCAUUAAUCAUUCACCUCAACCUAUAUUAAUGAACUAUGUAAAAGCAUUCCACUCCGACACCUUAUUUUUUAUAUU